AUGAUGAAGAUGACAGAAAAGACGCUGGUCGAUUCGAAGUGCGAUACAACGAGCACCAACAAGGAGACUGUAAAAGAUGCUGUCGAGGGCCACAGGGCUAAUGGCGCAGGAGGCCUCGAAGGAGGGGCACUACACCGAUACAUCAAUACCCCCUCUUCGGUAAACUUUAAUUUCCUCAUGCAAUGUUCAUGGGAAGCAUCUGCAGUUACUUUCCAAUUCGCGCUGAGCAAUGGCGGUCCAGCCUCCGUCGUCUAUGGCAGCAUCUUCGCUUGGGCUGGAACAAUAUUAGUGGCCCUGUCACUUGCCGAAAUGUCAUCCAUGGAUCCUACGGUCGGCGCUCAGUAUAGGUGGUCUGCUACUUUUGCACCGAAGUGGAACCGCUUCUUCGGUUUGAUGCAAGGGUGGAUUACGGUAUUCGCCUGGGUCUGUAGCUGUGCUUCCAAUCCCGCAUUGAUAGCAAAUAUUGUCGUCGGUUUGGCUUCCUUUAACAACCAGGGAUACGUCUCCCAGCGAUGGCAUACUACACUUAUCAUGUGCGCCGCGACAGCCAUUCCUUUCAUUGGCAACCUCUGGCUACCCAGGAUCAUCAACAUACUCGAAACAGCCGGAGCGAUAUGCCAUGUUGGAUUUUUCCUUGCGGGUGUCAUUACAUUAUUAGUCAUGGCACAGAAAAGCUCUACAGAAUAUGUCUUCCAAACAUUGACCAAGGAUGUCAGCGGAUGGGACAACUCGGCAGUAGCCUGGGGUAUAGGACUUAUCACUGUUACAUACCCUCUAUGCGGUUUCGAUAGUAUCAUUCACAUGUCCGAUGAAGUCAAACAAGCACGUACCCGGGUUCCACGAUCUAUCAUCUUCUCCGUCGUGGUUAACGGCCUCAUGCAACUCAUUUAUAUGAUCACUGUCUUGUUCACCAUUGGUGACGCACAACGUGUCUCCGCUUCGCCUCUACCGAUCAUCGAGGUGUACUAUCAAGCCACUGGAUCUAAAGCAGCUACGAACUUGUUCAUCUUUAUGCUAAUAUAUGUCAUAUUUGUAUCUUUUUUCAACGUCUUCGCCUCAGUCUCACGUCUCAUCUGGGCUUUCUCAAGAGACGGGGGAUUACCAUGUUCGUCUGCACUCGCAAAGGUUCAUCCGACAUUUGGAGUGCCGGUCAACGCGCUAUAUCUCAGUGCUCUUUGUGUUUGCAUACUUGCUCUGAUCAACGUCGGUUCAAGCACGGCGUUCAACGCUAUCAUCUCUCUCACGGCACUGGGCUUGUACCUUUCCUACUUCCUUCCUGUCUUGUUCCUUUUGUGGCGUCGAAUGUCGAGGACGGCACCAUCGCCAAUUCCAUGGGGACCAUUUAGACUGGGUAUUGCGGGACCAUAUAUCAACACUGGUGCCUUGUGCUACAUCCUAUUCACCUUCAUUUGGAUGCCGCUGCCUACUGUCCUUCCCCUGGACAGGUUCAAUAUGAACCUGGAAUGGGCAUCACGGCAAGCUAGUCAAUACAUACGUAUUAGGCGUCGGAGGGUUGUUAGGGCCGUCGCCCACUCGUCUGGUUAUGAUGAUCUUCUAAACUUUAUGACGUUGAUGAAUCCAAGCUCCCUAACAAUGCGCAGUCGACACCACCCGCCUACGAGUAUGGGACGCCGUGACAGAAAUAGAGAGCCAUCCAUAUCGCCGCCGCCGCCGCCUCCGAUGGGGCAGCCACCACCCCCACAUUCCACAUACCACUUUGAGAACUACGAAAACGGCAAGCCGAAAUGGGCGCCUGGAAAGGACAAUCAGAGAGACUACCGCGACUAUCGCAAUAGCCGCAGGGGCGAUCAUCGUCGUCCCCGAAAGGAGCGGCCUGCUGAAGACGAUGUGCCGCCGCCGCCUUACCCAAUGAACCCUCCUCCCCCACCAGGCGCUGCACACUAUCCACCACCCCCGCCGGGGGCUUCAGAAUAUCCGCCUCCCCCGCCCGGUGCAUCAGACUACCCUCCUCCUCCUCCUCCACCUGGAGCAUCAGACUACCCCCCUCCCCCUCCGCCAGAUGCCCGUGACCACCGAGACCGCGGCGGUCGCCCACGUCGCCAUCGCAGACAGCCCUCGUACUCGUCCGACGACUCGGAAUCAGACUCCCCGCCCCCUCCGCGACGCAGCCACCGCGACGACCGCCCCCGCGACGACCGCCCUCGUAGAUCUAGACGCGAAGAUACCUACGACUCGUACGACGAACACUAUCCGCCCCGAAGACCCAAGCAUGACGGCCGCCGUGAACGCGAUGGCUACAAGUCUGAAGGCUACAAGUCGGACCGCCGCCGCAAGGACCGCGACCCUUACUACGAUGAUCGCGACCGCCGAGACAGGCCACGUGACGAUCGCAGACGCCGCGAUGAUCGCUACGAUGACCGCUACGACGACCGCUACGACGACAUGUUCAACACCAAGCCGCGUCGCGACUCUCGCUAUGACGACAGGGAUCGUGACCGGCGCGGUCGAUACGAUGACGACCGCUAUGAUGACCGCCGUAGGAGCGGUAGAGGAGACGUGGGCAAGCCAGGAAAGCCCGGACAGCCUGAGUGGCAGAGGCAGGCUAUGGGCAUGUUCAAGGACUACGCUCUGCCCAUCAUCAAGAAAGAGGGUGCCAAGUAUGUACAGAAACAGAUGGCCAAUGGCUUUGGACGGCGCUAG